CACGCCCGCGCCAUGAAAGGUGUCCUCGGGCGCUCCGCGCUGCGGGGGCUGCUGCCCAGUCUGCGCGUCCCGGACUCGCGCUGGCUCAUGCGCCCCAACUCAGAGCUGCUCUUCAGAGGCAGAUACACAGAAGCAAAGUGUGCCCCAUCCCUGCAUGGGAACCAUGAAAAGAGGACAUGUGGCAGUCCUGACCCCUCCUCUUUUAAAGGAGGGUCCUCCUGGACCCAGGAACGAACCCUAGUUGCUCUGAAGCCAGAUGGAAUACAGCGGAGGCUGGUAGGGGCUGUGAUCCAGCGCUUUGAGAGGCGUGGCUUCAAGCUGGUUGAGAUGAAGAUGCUACAGGCCCCAGAGAGCAUCCUUGCUGAGCACUAUCAGGACCUACAGAGGAAGCCCUUUUACCCAGCCCUCAUAAUCUACAUGAGCUCUGGACCCAUUGUGGCUAUGGUCUGGGAAGGAUACAAUGUGGUGCAGGCCUCAAGGGCCAUGAUAGGACACACUGACUCGACUGAGGCUGCCUCUGGGACCAUCCGAGGAGACUUCAGUAUCCACAUAAGCAGGAACAUCAUCCAUGCCAGUAACUCCGUGGAAGGUGCUCAGAGAGAGAUCCAGUUAUGGUUCCAAAGCAGUGAGCUGGUGAACUGGGCAGAAGAGAGCUCCCACAGCAGCAGCUACCCAGCCUGAGGGUUCAUGCUGCCCAGUCUGUUCCAGUGCUCACCAGGACCAACUACCUCUGCUAACCAGAACUCCAGCCCCACACCCUUCCUGUCUCUCCCAAACAAUUUCCUUCGGUCCCACCUUAGCCCAGAGUAGUUUGAACCUCAACUUGAUGUGCCUUUCUGUAUACUAAACCAGAACAAGAGUGGAGCAGAUCCUCCUGUAUCAAAGUGCCAGAUAACUUUCUGGGCAUCUUAAAGGUGAACUCCUCCCCCAGGAAGAGAUUAAAAUUAACUGCUUUCAAGGAGUGA